GUCACCGUCGAAGAUUUUUGGAAUUCUUCGUCUUCUUUGCCGUGAAAUCAAUGGGAAAGAACGAGUUUCUCACGCCCAAGGCCAUUGCCAACCGAAUAAAAGCAAAAGGACUUCAGAAGCUCCGAUGGUAUUGCCAGAUGUGCCAGAAACAAUGCAGAGAUGAGAACGGUUUCAAAUGCCAUUGUAUGAGCGAGUCUCACCAGCGGCAGAUGGAAGUCUUCGGCCAGAAUCCUAACCGUCUCAUUGAUGGUUACUCCGAGGAGUUCGAGAGCUCUUUUAUUGAGCACAUGAAGCGGAGUCACCGUUUCAGCCGUGUUGCAGCUACUGUAGUCUACAACGAGUAUAUUGCCGAUCGCCACCACAUCCAUAUGAACUCCACACAAUGGGCCACCCUCACCGAGUUCGUUAAGCACCUUGGUCGUACCGGUCAGUGCAAGGUUGAAGAGACGCCAAAGGGGUGGUUCAUGACCUACAUUGACAGAGACUCGGAGACCCUAUUCAAAGAACGUCUCAAGAACAAGAGAUUGAAGUCUGAUGUCGUAGAGGAGGAGAGGCAGGAGCGAGCUAUUAGGAAACAAAUUGAACGGGUUGAACAGACAAUGUUCUCGUCAACGUCAGAAAACGAAGUAGGGCCCUCUGAUUCUGAGCAAUUGCAUUUGCCACCAAUGUCAGAACUUAAAUCAGAAAUGGGAGCUAAAGUUGCGUUUUCUAUCAGUUCGUCUUCAAAACUUGUCGCAAGAGAGAAUGUUGACAGCUCUGAAGUGAUCUUUGAAGAGUCCGAAGCAGAUAGGGGUGAGAAGAUGAUUAAAUAUGGGGGCAAUGGAACAAAGAGUGGUGGUGGGUCAGCUCUGGAUGAGUUGAUGAAAGAGCAAGAGAAGGCAAAGGAGCGGAGUAAUCGCAAAGACUAUUGGUUAUGUGAGGGAAUAAUUGUUAAAGUAAUGAGCAAAGCAUUGGCCGAGAAAGGUUACUAUAAGCAGAAGGGUGUGGUCCGCAAGGUGAUUGACAAGUAUGUAGGAGAAAUUGAAAUGCUGGACAGUAAACACAUUCUGAGAAUUGAUCAGGCAGAACUUGAAACUGUGAUUCCACAAAUUGGGGGUUUAGUGAGAAUUGUUAAUGGGGCUUACCGUGGUUCGAAUGCAAGACUGAAUUCUGUUGAUACCGAUAGCUUUUCAGCGAAGGUGCAAAUUGAAAAGGGGCUAUAUGACGGAAGGGUUCUUCAAGCGAUUGAUUACGAGGACAUUUGCAAGAUUGUCCAGUGAGGCUCUCAAACGUAGAUCAUGAGGGACCCUUCUUUUGAGUUCCCCUGUUAACCCACUGUCUUUUUUAUGUUUGAAAUAUUGUCUCUUAUUUUGUAAUUUGUACCCUUAAUGCUCAUCAAGAUUGAUCAGUGAAAUCUCAUUUUGAUUCCAAGAAUGAAAAUUUGGAUUAUCCGAUUGAAACUUUUU